GCUGCAGUGUGAAGGCUUUCUUCCACAGCCAGUGAGACAGGCAUCGGGCCAAGCUACCGAAGAAGAAGGAGAACAGGGAGAGGUAGUUGAGCUGCUGUGACGGGAGUGUGAUGUUUGUUCGUGAGCGGAGACAUGAAACUUUACACUGCGUGGAUUUAACCUGCAGCUGACGUGAACGUGGUUGACUCAGGCUGAGCAGGCCGCCAAGCUUGCAUUACACUGGCAGAUCCCCUGGGCAGUUGUAUAGGAGAGAGUGCUGUAGGUACCAAGCAAAGCUGCCAUGUCGGUGACUGUUCACGAGAAUCGGAAAUCCCGCACUAGCACAGGCUCCAUGAACAUCUCAUUGUUCCACAAGCCUUCACAUCCCGACAGUGUCCUGACUCAUUUGAACGCCAUGAGAAAACAAUGCAUGUUUACUGAUGUCACUCUGUGGGCCGGCGAUCGCUCUUUCCCAUGCCACAGGGCUGUCCUGGCAGCAUGUAGUCGUUAUUUUGAAGCCAUGUUUAGCGGAGGGCUGCGAGAAAGCCUGGACACUGACGUCAAUUUCAGAGACAGUAUACACCCUGAGGUCCUGGAGCUUCUGUUGGACUUUGCCUACUCUUCCCGAGUGAUCAUAAAUGAGGAGAAUGCAGAGUCGUUGUUGGAGGCUGGCGACAUGCUGCAGUUCCACGAUAUUCGGGAUGCAGCAGCAGAGUUCUUAGAAAAAAACCUGCACGCGUCCAACUGCUUGGGAAUGAUGCUGUUGUCAGAUGCUCAUCAGUGUAAAAGACUGUACGAGCUGUCGUGGAGGAUGUGUCUGGUGCACUAUGAGACGGUCAGAGAGUCUGAGGAUUUCUACAGUCUGUCCAAAGACCAGCUGCUGGAGCUGAUUCUGAGUGACGAGCUGGAGAUAGAAGAUGAGCAGGUUGUGUUUAACUCUGUGAUGCGGUGGGUUCGAUACGACUUGGAGCGUCGGCGUCUUCAUUUGCCAGAGCUGCUGACAGGCAUAAGGUUGGCUCUGCUGCCUUCGGAGUGUCUGCUGGAGGCUGUAGCUUGUGAGGAGCUGAUUAUGGCUGACAAGAGGAGCAGGUCCAUAGUAGAAGAGGCAAUGCAGUGUAAGAAGAAAAUCCUUCAGAAUGAUGGAGUAGUGACUAGUCCUUGUGCCCGACCACGCAAGGCAGGACAUACGCUACUUAUACUCGGAGGCCAAACCUUCAUGUGUGACAAGAUAUAUCAGGUUGAUCAUAAAGCCAAGGAGAUCAUACCGAAGGCAGACCUUCCCAGCCCUAGAAAGGAGUUCAGUGCCUGCGCCAUUGGUUGUAAGGUUUAUGUGACAGGAGGUCGAGGAUCAGAGAAUGGAGUGUCUAAAGACGUCUGGAUCUAUGACACUGUCCAUGAAGAGUGGUCUAAAGGGGCACCCAUGCUAAUAGCCAGGUUUGGCCAUGGAUCAGCUGAGCUGGAGAACAGUCUGUAUGUUGUUGGAGGGCAUACAGCCAUAGCUGGUGUCUUCCCUGCCUCACCAUCUGUCUCUCUGAAACAGGUGGAGCGGUAUGACCCUCUCAAUAACAAAUGGACCAUGAUGGCUCCACUAAGAGAUGGCGUCAGUAACGCUGCUGUGGUCUCUGCCAAACUCAAACUCUUUGUUUUUGGAGGGACCACCAUACACAGAGACAAAGCCUCCAAGGUCCAGUGUUACGACCCCGUAGGAAACCGCUGGAACAUUGCUGCCGAGUGCCCUCAGCCCUGGCGCUACACGGCAGCCGCUGUCUUGGGAAGCCAGAUCUUUAUCAUGGGCGGCGACACAGAAUUCACAGCUGCCUCUGCUUAUCGCUUUGACUGUGAAGCCAAUCAAUGGACUCGAGUGGGCGACAUGACGUCCAAACGGAUGAGCUGCCAUGCCGUGGCCUCGGGGAAUAAGCUUUAUGUGGUUGGAGGUUAUUUUGGGACGCAGCGGUGUAAAACUCUGGACUGUUACGAUCCCACGUCAGAUAGUUGGAACUCCAUCACCACUGUACCUUAUUCACUGAUCCCCACUGCCUUUGUCAGCACAUGGAAACACCUGCCUGCCUAACUGUGAGGUACCAGGAGACACUCAUCCCAGGAGGAGAAACUCUGAGAGUGGCCGAGGCCGAAGCGCCACACAGGACCAAGCUUUCUGAAGACGAAGCAGCGUGUCACACACUCUGAAUCAUUGUGAGUGGUGUGGUUAAAAAACCCCACAGUGCACCACUCAGGUCUGAACACAGACAAUUACAGUGCUUCCUGAUGACAUACAAACACAGAGACUGUGUGUGUGCGUGUGUUUCUUUAGUGUCUUAUGAGUCAAACCAUUCCAGUAAGAAAUCAAACUAAGAGCUGCCAUGUUUACUUAAGUCAUUUUCCUCAGAAGUCCAGCAAAAUGAAAUGAAAGCAAAGAAUAUGUUCACUGCAGUAUUGAAUAGUCAAUGAUGUGAUGGAGGUUUCUGGCUUUUGCAGUGCUAGGUUUUAUUUGUUCAUGUUUUUUUUCUUCGUAAGAGAUUUUCCAGUUCAUACAGAAACAGGUGCAGCGCAGGCCGAGUUUAGCCUGAAUUAUCCGGUAGUAAAGAAUCAUUUGCUAAAAUGAAGUUGAAUUACUCAUGCUACUUUCUAAAAGUCCUCGUUGAUGUCACAGCAUUAGUAGCUCUCCACACACGAUCUAUUUAUUCACCUCUGCAGCAGUGCAGCUCGUCACCAGAGGAUGUGGACAUGACCGCACAGCAAGCAGCCUGUGUGGCAGACUGUACAGAACUGUGACGUCAAAGUGAUUUACUCAGCACCAAGAAAAUAAGCAUCAAAGAUCUACUUUUUGGGCUUGGAUUCAGCUCUAAUGGACACCUGGUUGAUUAACAUUUCAGAGUGCAUUUGCAGUCCUCUGUAUUUCCUGUGACAUGAUUACAUUAUGAAUGGAUGUGUGCAGCUGAGGAGGUUUUCAGUGAUUUGAAAUCUGAGAAGCACAGCGGCCUUGUUGAGUAUGUUCUGCAGACACGCUCACUGCCAUUCAAACACUGCUCUGUAUUUUCUCUGUAGCACCUAAAGACUUUUAAUCUUCAACAGUGAGUUCAUGUGCGUGAGUGUGUGAAUGAGUGAUCAGUGUACAGUGUUUCCCCGUGCUCAAACUAACACAACAAAUGAAUGAACACGGUUUGUGGCGCACACAGUUGCACCGCCGUUGCUAUGUUGUACUGGCUCUGUCAGUGUACAGUGUUUACUAAUGUCGGGAGCGUCUUUGCACUCGUUCUCUCUACAACUGUUCAUGAAGACCUUGGAUUGAUGGACCCUCCUGAGCUGCAUUUGCUUGUUUUCCCAAGUUGGAAUUAAACUCUCUCAGAAGAAAGACUCUGAAGCAUGCACCAGUGAAUCUGGGAAAUCUGAGGAUGAACAUGUUUCUUAAAGUGAGGUUUUCCAGAUGAUUUUGAAAAAGUUUUUUAAGUGUGGUGCUGUCAUGUUUUUACUGGUGAUAAUAAACACUGACUCUCUUUUUAAACUGCACUGAGCUUUUCAACGUGCAGACGAGGAUGA